AUGAAGUCUGGUAAUCAAAAGACAACUGUGCAUAAAUUUGCCAAUGAUCCUGUUAGAUACUCACAAAAUAAUAAUCCACCAUUGAAAGAUGCUCAAAGUUCAAAUAAUGUUGAAAAGACACAAUAUAACUUAGAAAUGAUAGAAAAUCAAAAAAAAGGAUAUAAAAAUGCAACAAAAUCAAAAUAUGCUAUUAAAUUUCAAGUUCCUGAUUCAAAAAAAAGUACUUCAAUACAAAAAGAGUCUUGUGAAAAUAUUGUAAGGCAUACCUCAACAGAAACAGAUAAAGAUAAAAAUUUAAAACUUUCCUCUCUUUAUUAUGUUAAAAGUUUAGAGGCAAUUAAAGAUAACAAACCAAAAAGUUCAAUUACCUAUUCAACACGUGCCAUAACAAAAAAUACCUCUUCUACUGAAAAAAAAGGAAAAAAUAUAAAACAAGAAAGAUCAAAUACAUUAGAGGAAAAUACAUUAAAAGAAAGUACAGGAAUGUUUGAUUCAUUAUAUGCAAGAUCAUUUAAAAUGAUAAGACCAUUAACAGUAAAAUGUACAGAUUUUAUUAUCAAUUCUACUGAUGUAGUUACUAGUCCUAUUGAUGUUAAUGUUUGCCCAAAGUUAAAAGAUAUUGUUGGAUAUGAGGUAAAUGAAGCAAUAUUUGAUAGAAAUUUAAAAGAUUUUAUCAUUCCUGAAAUUAAAAUAUCAUUAAAGAAACAAGAAACUGAUUUUUUAAUUACAAGAAAAAAUGUAAUUAAAUUGGAUCCAUUUUUUAGAACAAAUUUUAAUUCAAAUACCAAUAAAUGUAGAUAUAAGGAUGUUUAUUGUUUGGAUAAAUCUAGAGUACGUUUAAAACCAACAUUAGGAAGAACAAAUGAUUUUAUUCAUGCUAAUUAUGUUUCAAUAAGAGAUUACAUAGAUAAUUAUAAAAUGAUAUGUGCUCAGGGUCCUUUACCAAAUACUGUUACUGAUUUUUGGAAAAUGAUAAUACAAGAAAAUUGUCAAAAUAUAGUAAUGUUAACACAAUGUUAUGAAACAGUAGGUAAAUCACAAGUAAAAAAAUGUGAACAAUAUUGGCCAUUAAAUGUUGGUGAAACUAUGAAAUAUGGUAAUAUAAAGAUAAAUAAUAUUAAAGUAACAAAAGUUUGUUGUGGUAUUCAAUUAACUAAUUUGGAGGUUAAAGAUGAAUCAACAAAACUUAAUGUUUCUCAUAUAAUUAUGACAAAUUGGCCUGAUAAAGGUGCACCAAAAAUUGAUUUUACCUUGUUUAUUAUACUUCAACAUCUUACCCGAAAUUCUCCAUCUUUAAUUCAUUGUUCAGCAGGAAUAGGUAGAACUGGAACACUUGCUGUUAUAGAUAUGCUUUUAGCACGCCUUUCCACUGACUGCCCUCCAAUAUCAUUAGCAUCUACAAUUCAAAAUCUUCGUUUAUAUCGUCAUGGAGCUGUUCAAACAGAAAGUCAAUAUUCAUAUAUAAUUCGAGUAAUGUUCCAAUUAGCUGUUGAUAGAGGUAUUUUAUCAGAGAAAGAAAUUACAACAUGGUACAAUGAAAAUGAUAUAUCUACAAAUGUUAAUAAUAAGUGA